CUGACAAAAUAUUGAUCAGCAUCCGUUUCAAAACCAUUCCUCGCGAAUCCUCCGUCGUCUUUCACAGCCCGAGGAAAAGAUUGAGGAAUGAACAUGAAUUCAAGGGUGAAAAGCAGAGAAGUCAUCGUCCUGCUUUACCUGUGUGGACAGGUGAACUGCUUGUUCGUGCAGAAGCCGGUGGCCAACAGCUUCCUGUCGCGGGUACGCAGAGCUAACGCUGGUCUGGAGGAGAUACUAGGCAACAACCUGGCGAGGGAAUGCUUCAAGGAGACCUGCUCCAAGGAAGAGGCCCGGGAGGUUUUCGAAGAUGAUCAAAAAACGGAGAACUUCUGGAAAUGGUAUAAAGGUUCCCCACUGGUGGAAAAUGUUCCAGAUGAGCAUGGUGCCCAUGCCAAGCCAGCGCUAAACUCCACACUGUCGACAAACACCACAGAGGAAGGGGGCGGACCGACCGUGUCCCCUCCGCCUGAGCGGGCUUUCUCCUGCAGUGAACGUGAUGUGAAGUUCAUCCUCGCGUUGGGAAAGCAAGUCCUUGAAAUGCAAGAGCAAGACAUCGAGUAUCGCCGGAAACGAAUUGAUCACAAAGAGAGACUGCUCAACACAGUACAGGAAUUCUUACACGAUUCAGCCUGAUCGCAUUAGAAACAUAGAAACAUAGAAAUAGGUGCAGGAGUAGGCCAUUCGGCCCUUCGAGCCUGCACCGCCAUUCAAUAUGAUCAUGGCUGAUCAUCCAACUCAGUAUCCCGUACCUGCCUUUUCUCCAUACCCUCUGAUCCCCUUAGCCACAAGGGCCACAUCUAACUCCCUCUUAAAUAUAGCCAAUGAACUGGCCUCAACUACCCUCUGUGGCAGAGAGUUCCAGAGAUUCACCACUCUCUGUGUGAAAAAAGUUCUCCUCAUCUCGGUUUUAAAGGAUUUCCCCCUUAUCCUUAAGCUGUGACCCCUUGUCCUGGACUUCCCCAACAUCGGAAACAAUCUUCCUGCAUCCAGCCUGUCCAACCCCUUAAGAAUUUUGUAAGUUUCUAUAAGAUCCCCCCUCAAUCUCCUAAAUUCUAGAGAGUAUAAACCAAGUCUAUCCAGUCUUUCUUCAUAAGACAGUCCUGACAUCCCAG